AUGGACAUCCAUUCCUUCAGGUUGCCAAACGCCGGCCAGAUCCCCACCCCGACCGCACCGCACCCGACCCCGUCCCCGCCCCCCGCCUCCGCCGCGCGCAAGCUCCCCAUCAAGCGCCGCUCCCCGCCGCGCGCCUCCUCCUCGCCCUCCUCCUCCGCCGGCGCCGCCUCCUCCGGCCAGAACCCGCCCUUCAAGUUCCAGCGCAUCUGGUCCGAGUCCGACGAGCUGCGCUUCCUGCAGGGCCUCCUCGGCUGCGGCGCGCAGGGCCUCGUCUUCCCGCGCGACCUCAACGUCUUCUACGACCGCUUCUCCGAGUCCAUGCCGCAGCCCUACACCCGCUCCCAGCUCUCCGAGAAGCUCCGCCGCCUCAAGAACAAGCACCGCAACGUCUCCUCCCGCGUCGCCAGGGGCCUCGACCCCGCCCCCCUCGCCCCGCACGACCGCGACGUCCUCCACCUCUGCUCCCGCCUCUGGGACCCCGCCAACGCCGCCACCUCGCCCUUCGCCGCCGCCGCCGCGCCCGCAGGCUCCUCGGGGAACAAGCGCCGCCGCUCCAACCCUGCCGUCGUGCCGCUCGACGUCCCGGCCCCCUCGGGGGACAGCAACUCCCAUGGCCCUAAAUUUUUUGAUCCACACCAAUCUGGUAAAAUAACGCAAGUUACAUGUAUACUAAUGCGCGGCCGUACUGAUAUGCUGCAUGGUAAACAGUUUGAAUAG